AUGAGCAGUACAUUUGAUGAAAUGACAGAAGCUUUGCGAACAUUGGCCAUUGAAGCAAAUAACUUAGCAGGUGAUAAAAAGAAACUUACGAAUCAGUUAAACAGAAUCACACAGGAAAAGUUCAAGCUAGAAAAUGUAAUAGAAGAAAUGAAUUGUGAACAUACCACCUUGAUUCAUGAAUUGGAAAAUGUGAUCUCUGAUAAAAACAUCAAACUGAAGGAGUGUGAAAAAAUGCUUUACAAAAAAUCUGACGAACUGAAAUCGGCAAGCCUCGAGAAGCAAGAAUUAGAACUGAAAAAAGAUGAGAUGAACGAAAAGCUCCUAAAUGCUCUAAACAAAAUUACACAUUUAGAUAGUGAGGUUGAAAAGCUACAUUUAGAAGUUUGUGAGUACAAGAAAAUCAAGGAUCAAUUACAGCAAGAGAAAGCAGAGGAUAUUAAAAAUCUAGAAUAUGCAUCAAUACAGAAAAACAUAUUGGAACAAGAGUUGCAAGAAGCGAUUUCUUCAAAUGAAUGCUUGAAAAAAGACCUAGAAACUAUAAAGGAAGGGAAAGGCAAAGAAAUUGCUAUUAUUUCUACGAAGUUAGAAAGUUCAGAGAAACAGUACUGCAAAUUACUGGAAGAGAAAGAGAUUCUUAAAAAAGAAUUACAAAUUUAUGUUGAUUCUUGUAACAAUUUGGUUAAGCAGAUAGAGGAACUCAAAAGUGAGAAGCAGCAAUUGCUCAAAGAAAGUGAGAUUCAACUGAAGCAAAUUGAAAGCCUAGCCAACAUGGAUCAGAUGAAUAAAGAGCAAAUUGACAAAGCUGCGAAAGAAAAAGAAGAAUUAAGUGCAAAACUAGAGGCAAUUGAAUCAGAAAAGUCUGACAUCUUAACUUCAUCCGAAGCAGUGGUUGCAGAAAAGAAUGUCGCCACAAACACGUUGAUGUAUAUUUCGAAUAAAAUCCAGGAGCUUACUGACAAAUUAGGAUUAACAAGUAACAUGCAAACGAGUGUUCAAAACAUAGAGCAACUCGAUUGUCAAGAGAUUUUCGAAAACUUAGACGCCAUCUCUGGUAAGAUGGAUGUUAUGCUGAAAGAAAGAGAUGUAUUCGAGGUUGUUGACAAACUUUCCGAGGAAAAAGCAGACUUGAUCCAGACGCUGGAGAUCACCAUGUCGGAUUUAAGGAAAGCUUUAUACGAAAAAACGAAUCUGGCAGAAUCUUUGGAUAGUGUAACCAAAGAACUAGAUAAACUGUCCAUUGAGAAGCAUAACUUGUGUGAGGAGUUAGAGAUGCAGAGGAGAGAACUAGUCAAGGUGAAAAAAGAGAGAAACGACAUCCUGGAAAGUCAGGCAGCAGUGUUGAAAGAAACGGAAAGCAAUAUAAGGUUAGCGCACGAAAGCGCCGUAGAUAUUAAAAACGAUUUAUCCCGAAGGAUCGACGUGUUAGAAAAGGAAAAACAGAACGUCAAAAAGCACCUAGAAGCUGAUUUGCAGAGAAUCAGAGAAGCAUACUCCAAAGUAGUGAGCACAAACUCGAAACUGGAGUUGGAAACGGUUAAUUUGAGGAGGAAGAUCGAAGAAAAGAACGAACGUUUGACGGACUACACGCAAAUUAAAGAAGCGUACGAGAAGCUCUUGGAAGAGAACAGCAAGUUGAUGACUGAAGUGGAUACGUUGAAGUACAAGAGAUCACGCGACCGGGAAGAAUUUGUGAAUAUCGUGAAGAAAGAAAGGGCUGAAGCAGUGCAACGGGAGAAUAGGAAGAUCAGGGAGAUCAAAAACGAAUACGAGAAGAAGCUGGAAAAAAUGAAGGAGAGAAUGCUAAAUCUAUACAAAGAAGAAGUUAACAAGGGGAUGCAAAAAGUAAAAGAUGGGCACGACGAAAGCACGUUUCUCCAUCGAACAGUUGAAGAUCUGAGACAGAGUCUAGCAGAAGCGGAAGAAAAGGUUCAGUUGUUGGAAACCGAGCUAGAGAUGUUCAAGAUCAAGGAAGCGCAAAUGCAGAAGGUUACUUUUGCUUCUCGGGAUUCUAUCAGAUCAGUUAACGACUUGCCUCUAGACUCCAUCCGACCUAGUGGAAGUCUCCAGUCAUUAGGACGCGGGGAUAGAAUGAUGCCAGCCCCGAGUUCUACUCAAUUGAGUAGAAAAGUGAAAAGUGCAGCUAUAAUGCAGAGCGUUUCACAGAAAGUGACUAAUAAUGUCCAAGACAGGAAGCUUUCGACACUGCCUCGAGCAAGGGUUGAUAUUGAAGAGACCGUGACGGUGUCCAGGAGGACAUCUAUUGGCGUUGAAAGAGUUGGGCAAAAUUUGGAAAUGGAAGAUGAAGAGGACGACUUCAACAACAAAUAUUUGGCGGAUCUAAAGGCUGGACGAUGUGCUAUUGCGUACGGAAAUGGAUCCAAUGUUAACAGGAUGUCAGAGUUGGCUUGGCGAAAUUCUUUGGUACCUCCGCAUUUGAAAUCGUCAUAUCCUGCAGAAACCCAAUUUAUCAGCCCUGGACAUUUCAAAGAGGACGAUAUAAAAACAGGCAAUAUAGAGUUGGACGACAGCCUUUGCAAACUGCUGCCCGGCGAAAAACCGCGUCAGAAGAAAGAUUUCGGGACUACGUCGUACAAAAAGCCGGGUCCGCCAACUCCCAGUAGAAAUGGAGGACGACUUUCCCUGCAAGGCAACGAAGUGCAACCCUUGAGGGAUCACAACGAAAGGACACCCAAGAAAACGACAACACCCAGUAGAAUCAAGGCUCUGUUCAUGGGGAAGACCAGCUCCAAAGAAAAUUCGGAUAGCCAGAAUAUAACCCCAGGUUCAAACAGGCGGCUGAGUAUUUUCAGAAAACAGAAGCAGUGAGUUUGUACUUGUGUAUACUUUAUUUUGGAUACAGUAUUUUCUAAUUUUAGAAUGUAUACAGCUUUUAUUGCACGCUCUGUUCCACUAUUUUUUAAGUCUAUAACACAAUAUAUUUUUGGUUUUAUAAAUCUGCUGUUUCUUUGUCGUGCAAAAUGGCAUACGUUGAUUCUGCA